AGUCCAAAAUCUAGUGCAACAUCUUCCCAGAAGAAAGGAAGUUAUUAUAACAUGUGAAAUGGGAUGUUCAAAAGGCACAUAUGAUUCUUAUGGUCAGGUGUCCACAAACGUUUGUACAUAUAGGGUACAGUAGUUUGAUCUUUGGUAAUGUCUGCAGCUAUGUUCAGUACUGUUCUGUAGUUUUUCCACAAAUUUGCUUACACUAGACAUCUUUUAAUGCUACAGAAUAGUUUACCAGAAAGAUCCAUGACAUAUUUGAAUAAUCUACACACAAAAAAGAAGCAUUGUAUUCUGGAUAUGUGGAACAAUGCGCAUGUCCAGACCUGAUGCUCUGGUAUUUGGAAAAUGCAAAUUAAAAUUUGACUUGUUAAAAGCAAAAGGACAUAAGGCAACAUCUCAUCUCUCACCAGCAUUGCCGUUAGGUUUGAAUAAUUUCAUUAUUCUUACACAAAGCGACUGAUUGUCAUAUACCGUAUGAAUUUUGCGAUUUAUUUUGUGGCACAGAUUUUGAAAGCCACUGAUAUGACGCUCCUCUACUUUAUGGUUUUGCUGGUCUCUGGAGUUAAUGGUAUUUCAAACUGUAAUUCAUCAUACAGAUUAGGUUUAACUGAGAACCUUGUUCUCUACAACAGUUCAGAAAUAAAAAUUGCACAGAACUUUAGUACAGUGCUCUGUAGCUGGGUGGAUUCUCAGUGUUAUGUAGAAUGCAACUCUGAUCAUCGCAACAUAAAUAUAACAAAUAUUUUAAAUACAACAAUUGUAUCUGAAACCUAUUCCAUCACAAAUCAAAGCAAAAAACUUGUCUUCAAAAUAGGUUCUCAGGAUAUUACAUGUAAUGUCACAAACUGUACAGUGAUGGAAAUAACAGCACUGAUAGAAAAUUCAUCAAAGUCUACAAACCUGAGAGAUUUGAAUAGAGUUACACAAAUAAAACGCAUGUGUUCUGAUUUGUUUGCUAAAGAAAGAACCAUUAAAAAAGUUUACAUCAGGGCAGAGAAAAUAUACAUUGAUGCUCUGAUCAACUCAUCGUUUAUUGGAGCAACUAAAGAUUAUGACCUAGAACAAUUUAGCAUGACUGUAGUGAAGAUGGAUAUGAUGAACACCACAGAUGUCGGCCAUGUAAAGCUCUCUGCUCCAAAGGUGCCUGGUGAUGAUCAGCUUUUAGAUUUAUUUAUCCCAAUUGAACCUUUUGCGAAUGUCUUAGAGAGUCAGCGCAAAGUUGGAAUAGUGACAUAUACUUCUGCUCACAUGUUUAUAGAUGACGAGAGCACUGUGCUGAAGUCCAAUGUCAUCCGUGUUGAAACUGUCGGACGUGAGCUUAAGGACUUGUCUAAUCACCUUGUUAUCAACUUUACACUGAAAAGCAAUGGCAUAAUCCCUAUAAACCAUACCCUGUCAUGUCAGUUCUAUGAUGUGAAUGCUAAUCCUGGGUUGGAGUGGAAUAACAUGGGUUCCUUCACUAACCUGGAGAACUUUAACAGCAGCAACACUGUAACCUGCUCAUAUAAUCAUAUGACCCCCUUUGCUGUACUUCUGGUUGACAUGAAACAAAUUGAUCCUUGGCAGUGGAAAAUCUUGUCCUCUCUUACCUACAUAGGUUGCAGUCUUUCAUCAUUUUUUUCAGCAGUCACCAUCUUCCUCUACGUUUUCAUGAAGAGCUCAUACAAAGACACUUCCAUGGGUAUACACAUGUCUUUGAGUGUGGCUGUCUUCCUCCUCAACACCAGUUUCUUGUUCAUUGAAUGGGGAGCUACAUUGUUUCAAGGGAAUGUCUGUGUCUUAAUAGCAGUGAUAAUACAGUACAGUCUCCUAGCCUGUUUCUCCUGGAUGACCAUUGAAGCUUUACACUUGUACUUGCUUCUAAUUAAAGUGUUCAACACUUACAUCAAGCACUACCUUCUCAAGCUGUCACUGUUUGGUUGGGGAGUGCCUGCUGUCCUUGUUGGAGGAAGCUUGUGUGUGUUUGGCAGAAUGCCUUUUUAUGGCCGGAAAGAGCUCAAUUUAUCAAACACAAACGAAACUACAUACUUCUGCUGGAUUAUCAACACUCAAUUUCUGUAUGGCAUGAACAUCUCCUACUUCUCCUUAACAUUCCUGUUCAACACAUGUGUUCUGGCAGUAGUGGCACAUCAAAUAUUUAAGCUGCGAUGCUUGAACAAAAAAGGCAGGAGGCUUCCAUCUUCUAAGGACAUGUGCACUGUUCUGGGCCUGACCCUCUUGCUAGGAAUGACAUGGGGUUUGAUUUUCCUCAGCUCAGGAUACACAAACUACCCCAUUCUUUACCUCUUCUGCAUCUGCAACUCCCUGCAAGGUUUGUUUCUGUUCCUGUGGUUUUGUGGUACAGUCAAAAAAAACAAGACUCUCAAGAAAGAAAACUCGACUAUGUCCACAUCAUCUAGAGCAAUAAGGAAUGUUUAUGAAAGCAGCUUUACCGACUGAUUAUAUAUUGUGUUAUUUAAUGAUGCAUGUUAUUUAGUGGUGAUUUGGUGAUAGAUACAUAAAUAUUUACUUAUAUCAUGUUACCACUAAGAGAAUACUGAUAGAAAUUGUGUUUGUUUGAAUUAUACAAAUUUCAUAAUCAAAUACACAGUUCACUUUUCCAUAUUGAGCUAAAAGUUCCUUAUUAUUGACGUUACAAAAGUAAUGAUACACAGUGUUUCAGAAACAUUGAUUGUGCACUAUAACAUUUAUAAGUAUCUAUUAUGUUUUAGACCUGAGACAUUAAUUUCUCAUCAUAUCCUAUCACCUGAUAAAUUACCGUAAAUUCCGGAUUUCCGCACCCGUAUAUAAGCCGCACCCACUGAAUUUUAUAAAUAUUUUUAUUUUUAACAUAAAUAAGCCGCACCUGUGUAAAAGCCGCCUGUCUACACUGAAA